AUGCCUAAGUUUUACUGUGACUAUUGUGAUACAUAUCUUACCCACGAUUCUCCGUCUGUAAGGAAGACACAUUGCAGUGGUCGGAAACACAAAGAGAAUGUGAAAGACUAUUACCAGAAAUGUAUGGAAGAGCAGGCCCAGAGCCUGAUUGACAAAACAACGGCUGCAUUUCAACAAGGAAAGAUUCCUCCGUCUCCGUUCUCUGCUCCUCCGCCUGCAGGGGCCAUGAUCCCACCUCCCCUCAGUCUCCUGGGUCCUCCUCGGCCUGGCAUGAUGCCUGCACCCCACAUGGGAGGCCCUCCCAUGAUGCCAAUGAUUGGCCCCCCUCCUCCUGGGAUGAUGCCUGUGGGACCAGCUCCUGGGAUGAGACCACCCAUGGGAGGCCACAUACCCAGGAUGCCGGGGCCUCCAAUGAUGAGACCUCCCGCUCGCCCUAUGAUGGUGCCCACGCGGCCUGGCAUGACCCGGCCAGACAGAUAAGAGCAGAAGCGCUCUUUA